AUGGAUAAUAUAGUACAACAUGUAGAUGACGAAUUUAAUGAAGGGAGACAAGAUUCCUAUCAACAGCCUGAAAAACUAUCAGACAAUCUAGCCAGAACAGUCUUCUUCGAUUCCAACAACCUACCUUAAGUGGAAUGCUACUACCAUAAAGGUUAUUAUAUCUCUAACAUGUGUCGAGCACCUCAAUGUAUAAUACCAUUAUGUCCUCUUUGCAUACAUCUUCAUUCUAAGGAACAUGUCAAUGAAGGCACAUACCCAGUAUUUGAAUCAUUGGAGGUCUUAUUAAAUCAAGCAAGCGAUCAUGUCAAUAAUGAAUUGAAGAAAUUCACCAACUCAUAUUACGAUAUCAAAAAGCAUGUGAAUACUUUCGAGGUUCAUGCAGAUAAAACAAUUAAAAAGAUUAGAGAAAUUAAGAAACGGAUGUAGGAUGUUGUUGAACAAUUCUUCAAUGGUUUAGAGAAUGAAGUCUAACACAAACAGAAGAAGAAUGUGAAUAAUUAAGAGAGAGAUGCUAAACAUUUACUAUCGAUGAUUGAAGAUAGAUGGAGAUCAAUGAAAUAGAUGUUGAAUACAUUUUAGAGUUCAGAUUGUUUAACAGCACUCAUACCCUAUUUCACAACAACCUUUUAAGAGGACAACCAAGUUUACUAUAAGAAGAUAGGGGAGUACAUAAACGCAUUUCCAACUGUCAGUAGCGAGGUCUAAAUUGAUUAACACAGAGCAUCUGAGUUGAGUGUGUUUCUGAGUUCAAUAAUACAAGUUCAACACACUUCAAUCCCUGAUUUCAUUGGCAUUCAUUAAUUGCCUACCACUAAUGUUACUGAGAGCACUAAAAUCAGUUCUUUUUAAGGCAGCAGAAUCAAGGAACCAUUACGUGUCACAAUUCCAGAGAAGAAGACUUAAUUUGAAUCAUUUGAGCAUCGGAAAUCACCUGUCUAGGAUGUUAGAGCAUAAAGAAGUCCCCCUCCAAAUUCAUAGAGUAUGUAUCCUUAUCCUGUGCAUCCUUCUAUGCAUCAAUAUCCUCCUCGGCAUUACUUAUCACCACAGUACCAUAGAUUUUGAAAGAUAUUAUUACAAAAUAAUAUAAUUAUAUUUUAGGUUGA